UCCUGUCCAUUAUUGAUAGGCGCCGGGAAGCAGAGCUGGUGGCAGGAUUAUACAGGAAGGCUCCGCCCCCAGCGUCCUGUGGCCAUGACUACCGCCCCGCGGGACUCCCUGGUGUGGAAGCUCGCUGGGCUGCUGCAUGAGUCCGGGGAUGCGGUCCUGUCUGGCCAUAGCACCCUGAGCCUGCUCACUGCCACACUGCAGCAGCUGAACCACGUAUUUGAGCUGCACCUGGGGCCAUGGGGCCCUGGCCAGGCAGGCUUUGUGGCUCUGCCUUCCCACCCCGCCGACUCCCCCGUCAUCCUCCAGCUUCAGUUCCUCUUCGAUGUGCUGCAGAAAACGCUUUCACUCAAGCUGGUCCAUGUCCCAGGUCUUGGCCUCCCAGGGCCCAUCAAAAUCUUUCCAUUCAAGUCCCUUCGGCAGCUGGAGCUCCAAGGUGUCCCCCUCCACUGCCUCCAUGGCCUCCGUGCCAUCUAUUCCCAGCUGGAGACCCUGAUUUGCAGCAGGAGCCUCCAGGCAUUAGAGGAGCUCCUUUCAGCCUGCGGUGGUGACCUCUGCUCCGCCCUGCCCUGGCUGGCGCUGCUCUCUGCCGACUUCAGCUACAACGCUCUGACUGCCUUAGACAGCUCCGUGCGUCUCUUGUCAGCUCUGCGCUUCUUGAACCUGAGCCACAAUCAGGUCCAGGACUGUGAGGGUUUCCUGAGGGACUUGUCUGAGCUCUGCCAUCUGGACAUCUCCUAUAACCAUCUGCGUCUGGUGCCGAGAAUGGGACCCUCGGGGGCUGCUCUGGGGACCCUGAUACUGCGAUGCAAUGAGCUCCAGAGCCUGCACGGCCUGGAGCAGCUGCGGAACCUGCGGCACCUGGAUGUGGCCUAUAACCUGCUGGAACGACACAGGGAGCUGUCGCCACUGUGGCUGCUGGCUGAGCUCCGCAAGCUCUGCCUGGAGGGGAACCCUUUGUGGUUCCACCCUGAGCACCGAGCGGCCACCGCCCGGUGCUUGUCACCCCGUGCCAGGGACGCUGCUGCUGGGUUCCUUCUUGAUGGGAAGGCCUUGUCACUGACUGAUUUUCAGACCUCCCCAUCCUCAGGGCUUGGCCCCAUGGCCCCACCUCUGCCCUGGCCGGUGGGGAGUACCACGGAAACCUCCGGCGGCCCUGACUUGAGUGACAGCCCCUCGUCGGGGGGCGUUGUGGCCCAGCCCCCGGUUCGUAAGGUUAAGAGCCGAGUCCGUGUGAGGCGGGCGAGUAUCUCGGAACCCAGUGAUACGGACCCGGAGCCCCGGACUCUGGACCCCUCCCCGGCUGGGCGGUUUGUGCAGCAGCAUCGGGAGCUGGAGCUCAUGAACAGCUUCCGGGACCGGUUUGGCCGUGACUGGCUGCAGUACAGGAGUCACCUGGAGGCCUCCGGGGCCGCUGCCCUCGGCACCCGGCCUCCGGACGCCCCGAGCCCAGAUGCUGUGCGCGGCCCUCCGCCCCCUGAGAAGGGGUCUCCACAGGAGGAGGCAGAGGCGGUCAGGGUGGAGCCGGAGCCGCAGGAGGAGGAGGAGCUGGAGGAGGGAGAGGAGGAGGGAGGAAGAGAGGAAGAGGAGGAGGAGCAAAGCGAGCUGGAGGUGGAGCUCUGCCGCCCCAUGUUGGUGUGUCCCCUGGAGGGGCCCGAGGGCCUGCGGGGCAGGGAAUGCUUUCUCUGGGUCACUGCCGGCCACCUGUUUGAGGUGGAGCUCCAAGCAGCUCGAACCCUGGAACGGCUUGAGCUCCAGAGUCUGGAGGCAGCUGAGAUAGAGGCUGAGACCCAGACCCAGAGCGAGCCGGUGCCCGAGGGCUCAGAUCCACACCCUGCGGGCCCCGUCCUCGUUCUCCGCUUCUCCUACAUCUGCCCCGACCGGCAGUUGCGUCGCUAUGUGGUGCUGGAGCCAGAUGCCCAGGCGGCUGUCCAGGAGCUGCUGGCUGUGUUGACCCCAGCAGCCACCUUGGGGAAGCAUCAGCUUGGGGAGGCGAGGGACCCACCCGGCGGCAGACUCCAGUGUCUGCGCUGUGGCCACGAGUUCAAGCCAGAGGAGCCCAGGUCGGGACUGGACGGUGAGGAAGGCUGGAGGCCUCUGUUCCGGAAGACAGACCAGUCAAAAAGCCACGUCUCUGAAGACACUGAAGAAGAAAGAAAUAUGCUUGAAUCGCCUGCUGUGUGUCCAAACUGUGGUAGUGAUCACGUGGUUCUCCUGUCCCCUGGAACCCCCAGUGGAGAACAGGGACAGGGAGAGCAAUCGCCGGCCCCCUCGCAGUCCCCGAGCCCCGGCCACGGCCCUCCUGGCCACAGUGCCUACAGCACCGGGGCCGGCAGUGCCCCAUCUCAGGCACCGGCCUCCCGUGACCGCCACAGUUGGAGCCUCAGCCCCCCCCCUGAGCGCUGUGGCCUCCGCUCUGUGGACCACCGACUCCGGCUCUUCCUGGACGUCGAGGUGUUCACCGAUGCCCAAGAGGAGUUCCAGUGCUGCCUCAAGGUGCCACUGGUGUUGGCAGGGCACCCUGGGGAGUUUCUGUGUCUCGCGGUUGUGUCUGACCACAGGCUGUACGUGUUGAAGGUGACAGGGGAGAUCCGCGGGCCUCCGGCUGGCUGGCUGCAGCCGACCCUGGCCAUUCCCCUGCAGGAUCUGAGUAGCAUAGAGCUGGGCCUGGCAGGACAGAGCCUGCGGCUGGAGUGGGCGGCCGGGGCAGGUGGCUGUGUCCUGCUGCCCCGAGAUGCCAGGCACUGCCGGGCCUUCCUGGAGGAGCUUACGGAUGUCUUGCAGUCUCUGCCCCCCACCCGGAGGAGCAGCGUCAGCGCCACGGAGGAGGAGGUGACCCCGAAGCAUCGGCUCUGGCCGUUGCUAGAGACAGACCCUUCCUUGGAGCCUCUCCGGUUCUUCUAUCUUCGGGCAUUCCUGGUUGAAGGGCCUUCUACCUGCCCUGUGUCCCUGUUGCUGACUCUGUCCACCCUGUACCUGUUAGAUGAGGACCCUAUAGGGUCCCAGGCGGAGCCCCCUCUUGCAGCGGCAUCGGGCGAAGCCUCUGAGAAGGCCCCAGCCCCCGGGCCAGGCCCUGCGGUGCGUGUCAGGGAGCAGCAGCCGCUCAGCAGCCUGAGCUCCGUGCUGCUAUAUCGCGGGGCCCCGGACGACCUGCGGCUGGUCUUCUACGACGAGGUGUCCCGGCUGGAGAGCUUUUGGGCACUCCAUGUCAUGUGUCCGGAGCAGCUGACGGCCCUGCUGGCCUGGAUCCGGGAGCCCUGGGAGGAGUUGUUUUCCAUCGGACUCCGAACUGUGACCCAAGAGGCUCUAGACCUUGACCAGUGAGGCUGCCAUGCUGGCCCCGCCCCCGGCCUCAGGAGCCACGGCUACAGAUGUUCUCUCUCCAGACUCUGGCUGCGGACUUCUCUGGCCUUUGGGCACUGGUCAGCAAGGCCCCAAAUGACCCACAACUCAGGGGCAGGGUGAGAGGACUGGUCCAGCCUCUAGAUGACCUGGCCCAAGGGAACGGGCUGAGUGGUCAGAAGGAAUGUUUCUCCUGCACUUUUUCUCAGGUAUCAAUAAAGUUGUUUCCAUUCCGGA